AUGGAUUUAGAAAUGAAGGUUGAAGUGAUCGAAAAGGAAACAGUUACACCAUCAUCCCCUACUCCUCACCACCUUAAAACUUUCAACCUUUCUAGCUUUGAUCAGUUUAUGCCUGACGUAUAUGUUCGACUACUUCUCUUCUUUCCCAACAAUAGUAUUAUUGAUCAUAAGGUCAAUACAGUUGAUCACCACCACUCUUUAAUUACCGAAAGAUCCAAGCUUUUGAAAACGUCAUUAUCUCAAACCCUCAGCCACUUCUAUCCCUUCGCCGGAAGAAUAUUUAGCCACAAUAAUAUUCUUUCAAUAUGUUGCAAUGACCAUGGGGCAGCAUUUAUCCAAACUCGAGUCAACUGUCCCAUAUCGAAGGUUAUGGAAAAGUACCUUCCUGGGACACAAAAUCAAUUACUUCCAAAUGCAUCGGAAUCAACAUUUGAAAGCACAGGCUAUCUUCUGUUAGUCCAAGCCAAUUUCUUUGAAUGUGGUGGACUUGCUAUUGGGGUAAGCAUUUCACAUAAGAUCGCGGACGGCUACACACUCUAUACAUUCAUCCGUAGCUGGGCAACAAUGAGCCUUGGCUCUGAUGUAAUAGCAGUUCCAGCUGUGGAAUUUGGUGUUGUAGCUUCUCUUUACCCACCACAAGAUAUCUUCACCAACUCAUCGAAAACUUCCUUUGAACAUGUUUACGGAGAUUGUGUGACAAGGAGAUUUGUGUUUGAUGCGUCAAAGAUUCUAUCUCUUAAGUCUAAAGCUGCCAGUGCCACAAUGCCAAAUCCAACUCGCGUUGAAGUAGUGUCUGCCCUCAUCUGGAAAUGUGCAAUGGAAGCAUCAAGAUCAAAGUUUGGUUCUAUAAGGCCAUCUAAGUUGUCUCAAGCUGUGAACUUUAGGAAAGUAAUGGGGAACACAAAUUUGAUGGGAAAUCUUCUGGGAUUCUUCCAAGCAAAGACAAAAGAAAGUGAAGCAAAUCUGCAAAGCUUGGUUACUAUACUAAGGAAAGGCAUUGAGGAAUUUAAAGUGAAAUAUGGUAAUGAAAUUAGCAGGGAUGAUGCUGCACGUGAACUUUACAAAGAUUUUGUGAACCUAAUGGGAAAAGAUGAUACAAAAAUCUAUAAAUACACCAGUUGGUGCAGGUUUGGCUUCUAUGAAGCCAAUUUUGGAUGGGGAAACCCAUCAUGGGUGAGCAUCCCAGGUCGACGAGUCAAGAAUCUCAUUCUAUUGCUUGAUACAAAAGAUGGAGAUGGCAUAGAAGCGUACUUGAAUUUUGAUGAAGACGAAAUGGCUGUAAUUGAAACCAAUAAGGAGCUGCUUGCAUAUGCCUCUCUCAAUCCUAUUAUUAAUUGAUAUGGUACCCCCACCCUAAGAAAAUAAAAUAAAGCCUCCUCUUGUGUGCGGAUGAAAGCUUAGCGGAGUCUUGGCAUCAUCAGGAAACUUGUUAUAUAAGAAAGUAG